AUGGCCGAGGAAAACCAUCAGACGACGCCACCGGAGGAAGCGCAACCGACGCAACCUCUGCCGAGGCCGUACGGGGUGCCUAGUCUCAACAACAAUACUGAGAAAUUGGAGUGGCCGGAAUUAGUCGGCCUGACGGCGGAGGAAGCCGAAUCCAAGAUCAAACAAGAGACGACCGGGGUUCGAGUCCAUGUGGUCCCUCCUAAUAGCUUCGUAACCAUGGAACUCCGUCAGGACAGGGUUCGAUUGUAUGUCGACGCCGACGGCAAAGUCGCCAGAGCCCCCAAAAUUGGUUGA